ACAAACAGACAAGGACGAGAACAGGGCCUCAAAAGCCUCAAACAGAUAGCAGAGGAGAAAAAUAUAAAAUAUUCGCUUUCUUCUGACGGCAUUGGGUGACCGUUGUUGUAGCAGUUAAUUCCUCCGACUCACUGGCCUGGGAGAGCUUUUUUAGAUCACUCGAGUCCCGCCACUGAGCGGCAGCGCGCGGAAGCGGACGGAGUGGCGGACAGUCCUCCACGCGUAGGCCGCCUCGUUUAUUUUGCAACCUAUCUUAUUCGUGCCACUAUGUCUACUUAAAAUAGAGGGCCUAGGGUUCUGUUUUGAUCGGAAAAAUUGUCUUGGCACUGGAGGGCUAACAAGGAAGGGCCUUCAAAAGGCGGGGUUCAACUGGAACACCGUCGGCUGCAGAAGAGGGAAUUGUAGGUGCUGCAGACAUAAAACUGCGUGGAACGUGAUGUGCGAAGAGUACCAUGCAUGGUGCUCCACCUCUACGCUCUUUAGACUGCGAAAAAGUACAUGCCUCACUUGCACUCUGCAUACCGAUGAACUGGAUGUUUGCGUACAAUACGCAAUCACCACACAAACUCAUCUGUCAGGAUUUCUUGCUUCAACUGCGCUAAGCAAGAAGCGGACAUACACGACAAACGACAUGCUUGUGGGGCUGGCAGAAGGCCCCCGAUAUUGCGCUGCAAAAAACGAUGACACAGUUCAUUCUCGCCUUCGGUUUACCCGCGAACAACUUCUAUGGUCCGCCACGUCUACACCAUUUUUCCCUUCUGUGAAUUCUGCCCGCUGAACAUUCGUAAACUUGCUCCAUUCAAAUUUCUUGAUCUCUAGUUGGGACGUGUCAGGUUGUUGCCAAAGGUCCCAAUUCAGUAACUGUCUUCCUCAUCGACUGCAGAUAUGCUUCGUUGCACUUUCGUCUGUUAUUGUUCAGUUAUUGGGUUCCAGACGCAGCAGACAAGAAGUUCGUUUCACGAAUUUGUGUCCUGCUAGCAGCGUCGGGGGACAACUUUUUUUUCCGCACAACACGACCAUCGUUACUCUAGCGGCAGCUUCCUCCUCGGCUGCGGCGUUUUGCUAAAGACGAUAGUAUUGUAUGGAGGAAUUUGUAACCAAUGGCAAAUAACGGAGAGCUGGCGAGUUUUUUCCGGAAAAAUCGUGUAAUCCUCGGGUCGUCGAGCAAAUGGCGGCGGAAGAUUCUCGAAGGUCAAGGCUGCCCUUGCGGAGUGAUAUCGCCCGACAUCGAUGAAAAACAGAUCCGCCAUGACGACCCAUCGAUCCUCGUAACGAUGAUUGCCCACAAAAAGGCGGAUGCAUGCCUUGAGCAUCUCACAAAAGUAUCUCCUAGAUGUGUGUUUCCUGAAGGUUAUGUCUAUCGAACACCACAAGACAUAAGUGAGGCCGGCGAAAACGGCCAGGAUGAGGCAAUGGCGGAAGAUUCCGACGCGGUUCUUCCAUCGUACCACAGUUGGUCAAUAUGCUCUGACCAGGUUGUAGUAUUCAAAGGAGAAAUCAGGGAAAAACCAGCAAACCGGGAGGAGGCAGAGGCUUUUCUGCGUGACUAUUCGGGCAGCAGCGAACCAGCUCACAUCAUCGUCGCCGUUGUGCUCGUCAACACGUACUCAAAAAUGAGACUUGAGUACGUUGAUAAGGCCAUGGUGUGGUUCCGCCAUAUGCCUGAUGCUGCUAUCAAGGCCAUUCUUGAUGACGGAAUGGUCAUGACAUCAGCAGGGGGGCUUGUUGUUGAUGACGACAUCAUGAGCACAUAUGUGGACCGAAUCGAAGGGUCUAGAGAUUGCCUUAUGGGAUUGCCCAUGGCUGUUGUAAGCCAGUUGAUCAAAGAAGCUGUAGAGAGGGAGGGUGGUUCAUGCUCAAUUGGAGUUCGGAAGUGCAUGCGUUGCACCGAUCGACCCGCAUAGUAUGCUCGCCUACUGCUCCAUUUGAUGUGAAUUGUUUAACAGACCAGC